GUGUUAUGUUGGGUAAUGACACAGCCCCAACACUUGAAGUCCAGAACCCAACAUAUUCGUGCCACAUGGGGCAAACGCUGCAACAUCGUCCUGUACAUGAGCUCGGAGGCAUCAGAUUUCCCCACGGUAGGGCUCAACGUGUUAGAAGGACGCAGUCAACUCUACUGGAAGACCAUACGGGCCUUCCAGCACAUUCACAUGCACCAUCUGGAUGAUGCUGAUUGGUUCCUCAAAGCUGACGACGACACAUUUGUUGUCCUUGAGAAUUUGCGCUACGGUCUGUCCAAGCACAACACAGAGGAGCCUCUGUAUUUUGGACGUAGGUUCACGCCAUUCGUCGCACAGGGCUACAUGAGCGGAGGAGCUGGUUACGUCCUCAGUAAGGAAGCUUUGAGGAGAUUUGUGAAGGGUUUUGCUGAUGGGCUUUGCACACACAACACAGAAAUUGAGGACAUUGGAUUGGGAAAAUGCAUGGAGACAAUGAAAGUCCAGCUGGGUGAUUCCAGGGACGUGUUGGGGAGACAAACCUUUCAUCCUUACCCUCCAAACAAUUACCUGCCCCGACAGCUACCCAGACCACGACCCUGGUACCUCCUCUAUGAGCAUUACCACCCCGUUGAG